ACUCUGCUCUGAAAUGCACCUGAUUCUGCUUUCCUGUCUGCUCUGUGUCGCCUGCAGUGUGGUCAUCUCUUCAGGUUCAUUUGUCACUCACUCCUCUGAGUUGGGCCAUGUGACAGUGAUGUCAGCAUCAGGGGAGGGGCUUCAGAGUGCAGCAGGGGACGAGGCUGAGACUGAUAACAAUGCCAAUACAUCAGGUGCACCUGCUGACCUAACAUCACUCACAGGUCAACCAGGCAGAAAGCCCGAGUCACACUCCCGUAGAACACGCCGGAAACAUGGCAGCAAAAAGAGGCCCAGGAACCAGGUGACUGUGGGCCACCAGAGCCGCACACACAGCCCCACCAGUAACCCCUGCUUCAGCUCACACAAAGACUACUGCAUCCACGGACACUGCACAUACCUGCAGGACCUGGAGGAGCCUGUGUGUGUGUGUAUGAAGGGAUAUGAUGGGGUGCGGUGUGGGGUCCAUCUGCUGCAGACAGGUUCUGGCUCUGGUUCUGGGGGAUUGGACAAACCCAGCAGUAUGGACUCCUUGCACAUGACACUCAUAAUCAUGGCUGUUAUCCUGUCAGUCAUCAGCUGCUUUGCCAUCCUACUCAUGAUCUGUGUGCACUAUAGAACGCAACAUUCCUUCCAGACAGCCAUCUUCAGUGCGAAGCCCCUGAAGAGCCCCGUGGUGUGAGGAGCGUGAGUUUUUGCAAGAGGAGCAGAACAGAAGCUAUAUAUUGCACCAAGAAUAUUUAUUGGAAUAUUAUAAUAAUUUAUUGUUUUUUGGGUUUUUUUUAAACUAGAUUUUUUGGCAGAGUGUAUUGUAAAGUACUCCUGAGUUCAGCUCCGUUUCCAUGUGGGGCUGAGAGGAGCCGCUAUGGCUGCUUGUGUGAAGGGAGUAGGAAUAAGACCAGACCUCGCCGCUGCUACACACAACAUCUCCAUCUAUUCCACAUGCUAGCUGAAAAACAUUCUGUGCAUCAAAUAUCCACUACAGUGUCGCAUCCACACUUUCACAAAAAUAAUUCAUUUCAUUCUAAAUCUAAAUUUUAAUAUGUGGUUUUCUUAUGGUGAGGCAAAUAUAAAUGAAUUUUUGGAAGAUUUGAAUUUUUGGAAGCCAGCAUUGUGCAAGUUGUGGUGAAACAUCAAUAAAAUGAAGAAUAAGUUGAUGCUUUUCAGCCUAUAGGGAGAGUAAUUCAGACACCUUCUUCACCUUGUGCCAAACAUUAAUGUCACCAUCAUCUCAGAGUGGGCUUCCUUUAUCCAGGGAAAAGCACCUGAUGACCACUGGCUAAAUUCUUUCAGACUGUAAGAACUGACACAUUAAAUGUUGUAUUUUUUCUGGAAAGGUUCAUUAAAGCACAU